AUGGUCGCCUCCCAGAUGUUCAUUGGCACUGCCGCCACCCUCAUCGCCUCCUCAACUGCCUUUGUCGGACCGAUGGCCAUGCGAUCUGUUGCCAGUACUCCUUCCUCCUCGGGCUUCAAGAUGAGCGCCGGUUCGGACUACGUCGCAACUCUUCCCGGAGCUCCCUUCUCUGACGGAAAGAUCUUCGACCCCCUGGGCCUAUCGGACGGCGCCGCCCCCGGCGACAUCAAGAAGUGGCGCGAGGCCGAGAUCAAGCACGGGCGCGUGGCCAUGCUUGCGUCCCUCGGUGUCAUCGUCGCAGAGGAGGACUACAUGCCGGGAGACCUCGGCUUCGACCCCCUCAACCUCAAGCCCGACGACGAGGCGGCUCUGGACGUGAUGAAGACCAAGGAGCUGAACAACGGCCGUUUGGCCAUGAUCGGCAUCGCCGGCAUGUUGGCGCAGGAGCUGGUCAACCCGGCCGAUAUCCUCGGCUAG